GCAAAGUGGUCCCCUCUGUCCAUGGUUGGGAAAUUAUUCGUUUAUUAAUAAGGCUGUGGUGCGCACACACAUCCCAUCCCGUCCGGUGGCCGGCGCACACGUUUAUUAAUAAAUCGGCGUUCGUCUUGGGACCGGCUGACUGACACUAAUAAAAAGAUCCGGCUAUAAUAAUUACGGUAUUUAUUAUCCCCCGGUUUUGACGACGAGGAAUUACUGUAGCAUAUUUUGGCGCAUACCAACGGCUAUUCAUCCAUCUGUGCUACGUGUGACACAAAGCGACGGCCAAGCGAGAGAGACAAAGCGACAGCAGCAACCGGCUAUUUUGUCGCGGCCAGUUGUGAGAGCCUGCUAUCUGCCUGCUAUGCACCUUUGCAUGUCCGAUUACAUGAGGUCGCUGUAUGGCUGUUUGUCAUAUUUGUGCUGUGGACUGAUUGGCGUUUGACAGCUAUACCCAUGCACAUACACUGAGGAUUUUUUACUUUGAGCUGACCAGACUCCAUUAUCGCCCAUUACCUCGCACCUGCUCAACACGAGGGACACGCGGACAGUGAAACUAUUCCCCGACAUUGCUGGUUUAUCGGAUGCGGUAGCAGCUAGUGUUAUUAGUCAGUGUUCGGCCACUGUGGAAGAUCGAUCGAUCGCACUGACCACAACCACCUUGUUCGAUCAACCACGGCAAACGGUUACGGCUUGCUGAGCACAUUGCCAGAGUGCCGGAUUCGUGCAGGCUUACAUAAGAGGGGGAUUCCAGUGUGUGCUUCUUUCGUGAUACCCUUUUUAAACGGCUGCCGGUGUGAUAUAUCCACAAGUAGCUACUUGAGAGCGAUCAACACCACAAGAAAAUUAAAGCAGUAUUGUUCCACAUUUACCGGUUGACUGUACUUCUGCUGGAUUACCGAUCAUCGGCCACCAUGCGGCAAUUAUCCAUUGUAGUCCUAUUCGCGGCGGUGGGAUGUUUCGUUAUGGCCAAAAGCAUGUCUUCCUUUGGACCCGAAAUGGGUCCGGAAAUGUUAGUCUCCGUGCUCAGAACACGCGGUGACGCGUCCGCCGAAACCAAUGCUCACAGAAUAAUCCUCUCCGUGCACACCGCCUCCAACUUCAUCUACGAUGUCCUGGAGAGUGCGAUCUCCAAAACCCUACAUUCCGCUGUGACCUCCCGGGAAAACCUCUUCUUCUCCCUCCAGCGCAUCGGCAACGACACCCGGCGUAUUUUCGACCUGGUCGACCGCGCCACCGCCGUUGUAUCCGAAACCGCUAAGAAAGCCAAAGCCGAGAUUAACGAUGCCAUUAAGACCUCCCUGGAUCAUUUGCGCGAAUCCAUGAAAAUCAUCAUCCGCAACCUGCCCGAGUCGAAGCUCAGCGACUCCAACCUGGCGGCCAUUAUCGAGAACGGUCAAUACCGUAUGGAAGUGGUGGUGGAGAACUCCGGUCAGCGCAUCAUCGACGCCAUCCAGAGUUACCGGUCACAUUUCAUUAAAGUCGAGAAGGACACCGGUCAUGUGGUGGUCGACCCCGAAUCUAGCCAGGAGGCCACCGACGCCGUGAAGAACAUCAUCCACGCCGCCAAAUCCCAAAUCCAGGAAGCCGUGUCCGGGAGUACCAGUUUCAUCCUGGCCCGUAUUCGCGACUGUCUGUCGACCGUCGGGGAUUCCAUGGACCGACUCCCCACGGCCGCUCCAGCCGUCGCCCAGGGCGCGGUUACCGUGACCGGUAACAACAACGAAACCUUCCAGGCGGAGGUGAUCACCGUCUCCCAAAUGGAGGAUCCCCAGGAAGACAAGGUGGUGGUGGUGGGUGACGUCCCGGCCACCAUGCGCCCGGUGGUGACCGCCGACACCACGACGACCUUCGAGGCUCCGAUGGUCAUCAACACCUCGUCGCUCAAUGCCUCGGAUGCACUGAACAAUGUGUCCAUCACCUUCGACGCGACGACACCGGCGGGAAAUGUGUCCACGCCCAAGGUGGUCAGCUGGCAAGAUGAUAUACCCAAAAACUCGGUGUUCACCGAGAACAAUGAGAUCACCACCGGGAACACCACCGUGGCGAUGAACACAACGGUCACCGAGGAAACCACGGCAACCGUCACCACGGUGACAACGGAAGCGACCACGGAAGCAACGACCACGCCCACAACGACACCUGCCGGACCACAUGAUAUGGCAGUCGUCACGUCGUUCCGUAUCCUUUCGUUUAAAUUGAAAACCAAGGCGCGUACUCCCGUGCGGCGAAUGACCACUGCCGGUCCCGACCACGAACUCAUGAAUUAA